CUCCACCGAAGGCAACCCUAGCUGAGGAUUGAUUACAGAACCAGUGGAAGAAAAGAAAGGAACCGAACCGGGUUACAGCUAAGGACAGUUCCGCUUCCUUGGUAUUAAAUCGCCAGUACGAAUACGAUCAAGUUCUUCUCCCAAGACCAUUCUAGUCCUUCAUUAUUACUACUAGUUUGAAUCUCCAUCUCGACUCUUAACACUCUCUUUACAUGUGAUUCACGACUCCAUACCGUUUGGUUCUUAUUCUUAUUAUUGUUAUUCUUAGCAUAUUUCUCUCUUUGCUUCUUUCUUCUCUCUAUACUUUUUCUUCCCCCUCGCCCUUGAAUUAUGUCAGCUUCUUCUUGUAUAGUCUAACUUGCAAUACCUUCCCUAUAUGUGUAAAUCGAGGAUCUCCGCCGCCUUCCCUCGCAAUUUCCUCGACUAUGGCUAUCCUCGCAGCUCCACCUGCAGGCCAUGAUCUAGUCAAUGCCAUCGGGGAGCCCCCGCGGGCUCACUUAUGGCCCUUACCGGUUGGAAAUACCAGCUCAGACAGCGAUGAGCCGAUAGUGAACGGCCUAGAUGCCGCUCGAGAGGAUGAAGCCGACGAAGUGGUUGGCGUCAGCAUCAGUCGCACCCAGAGUCGCAUGAAGUCCCGCUCCACCCCGGCAGAGGAAAAGUCCCGUGCGAUGGAACGCAAUGGGGGCUAUUUUGAUACCAUUCCCGACACCGAGGACUCGAGCGGUCUCUAUACCUCCGAUAUCACCGCGGAGCCAGAGCAAUUGCCGGAGGCCUCCCUACCAGAAGCGAGUCAGCCUCCAGCUUCUGCCCUGAGUAUGGCGCCCCAGAACGAAACGUCUUUUUCUAAGGAUAGUGCCAACGGUCGCACCAGUUUCACCCGGUCGAUCUUGAAGAGUGGCUUGCCAUUGCGACCUCGAGCCUGGUCGGGCGACGCCAUGAAGAAAUUCUUGCCCGAUUUUGGGUAUCUCACUAAGCGGACUACAUUACCUUUUCGCUCCUCGCAGAAUCGCUCUCGUAGUCAGACACUAAAGCCUUGCCCGUCCAAGCUGACGCUGGACCAAGGGGAGGACUCCCAUACAAAGACGCGGCGGAGAUCGUUGAACGAUUCCGAUCCUUGCAACGGACUUGUGGAUGAGCCGAUCUCUGACUUGAAGCCUCUUGAUGGCGUGACGGCGGCCAAACAUUCGUUUACCCGUCGCCCUAGUGCAACUGCUCCGUCGAUGCUUCGGAGAUCAUCCUCAGACCAAUCCUUAUAUCUGAGAGCGUCAUCCACAGCAUCGUCGCUUGAUCAGCGACCUCAGUAUGAGCAUAUUCACACUCAAGUCAACAGUCGGUUCAAAGCCAUCAAGGACAGUAUUCAGGACUCUAGUAGCCGCUUGCUUAGUAUGCCUAGCUUGCACCUACAAGACUUGCGGAGUGACUGGGGCUAUAGACCUUUCCUCAGCGAUAUCGCGAAUCGUAAAGGCAACAAUUACUCCGAUGAACCGCCGGCUACGAGUGAAACAUAUCGAGAGCAGAUGUCAUCGCAACUCGGAACUCGUCCGCCGCGGGCUAACUCCAAUUCGUGGCAUCCCGUGUUAAAUGAAGCUAUGUCUGAGUUAAGUGGCGAUGUUGUCAUCAUGGGAGGCUAUCGAGGAUCCAUCCUGCGUUCCGCGAAGCCACCGCAGCGUCAACUGUGGGUUCCGAUGAAAGUCGGGCUAAACCUCCGCAAGGUGGACCUUGAAGUAGGCUUGAACCCGGAGGACGAGGAGCGCAUGGAGGAAACGAUCAUUCCCUCAGGGGUUCUGUCGCAUAUUGGGCCCGUGGACAUCUGCCGUCGGCUAUUGAAGCACCUCCGAAAGUGCGAUAAUGCCGUCAAAGGUGACCUCCGCGUAUGGGAUUAUGGUUACGAUUGGCGUCUGAGUCCACAUCUUCUCUCAAAAAGAUUGAUCAAGUUCCUCGAGGGCUUGCCGUGCAAUGCGCCCAAUGUUCCGCCCGAGAAGCGGGGUGCCCAUGUUGUGGCGCACAGUCUGGGAGGGUUGAUUACCCGACACGCCGUAAACCAGCGCCCAGAACUCUUCGCUAGUGUUCUCUACGCCGGUGUCCCGCAACACUGUGUCAAUAUCCUAGGUCCCCUUCGCAACGGUGACGAUGUAUUACUCAGUUCUCGUGUCCUCACAGCUCAAGUGAACUUCACAUUCCGCACCAGCUUUGCCCUUCUUCCCGAAGAUGGGCACUGUUUUAUCGAUAAGCGCACCAAAGAAGAAUAUCGGGUGGACUUCUUCAACGCUCAAAAUUGGGAUGAAUACCGGCUCUCCCCUUGCAUCAAUCCAGCCCUUCCACCCAUGACGAACAAGGGCUUUGGCCUUAAGGACAACAUUGGGAAACGCUUCUCCGCUGUUCUAAGCAGCAAGGAGAGUCUGCCAUCGGAGGAGUCACCGGAAGACGAGCAGCAAGACCCGAAUCAGACCGGUCGCAGCAAUCCGAAUCCCAUUACUGACCCAGCUGACAAGGCCUCCGCUCUCGCUCCAAACAUCGAGGGCGUUGUCGGUCCCACGUCCAACCUACGGGGCUCGGCCAACGUCAAAGCAACCACUGCCGUAACCAUCCCCCGAGCUUCAGCUAUGACCUAUCUGGAGCGCACCCUCGCCGAGAUCCUCCGCUUCAAGCAAGAACUCGCUUUCAACCCCUCUCAUCAAUCUAACAACCGCUAUCCGCCUUUCGCAGUUCUAUACGGUAAAUCUGUUCCUACCCUCUACGGCGCGCGCGUCGCGUCGCGCGAACACAUCAAACACCAAGACGCCUACGAUGAUCUCGCCUUCGCUGCAGGUGACGGUGUCUGCCUCGCAUCUGCGGCAAUGCUACCCCCAGGUUAUCGAAUCAUCAAACACGGUCUGGUCAAAAGCGAUCGCGGUCACGUCGGGUUAUUGGGUGAUCUAGAAGGUGUGGGCCAAUGUCUUCGGGCUUUAGUGCGCGGAAGACGAGAGGGCGUAGGAAUCAACGAAUCGUCCUCAUUGGCCUGAAGAUUCCUCUUCUCUUUUCUUAUUAUCUAGCCUUUUGCAACGAUACCCAUACAUUCCCCCACCCCCGGGCUUAUAGAAACUCAUCCUCUUCCCAUCACCUUUCCAAUGAACCUCUCCAAUGACUAUUCUUGACCGAUCAUCUUGGAUGAACCAAACUCAUGCUUAUGAUGAUUAUCAUACGAGAAAUGACAAAAUCUGCAUUACAUCUUCACGUUAUUCAGAAGAAAACCCCUCUCUUGCAUAGAGUGCUGCGGCUAUAUCUGUAUAUAUUCACUAUUUAUAUAGAAAAAAAAUUGUAU